CCCUCCAUAGAUCCCGUCAUCACCUCUCUCGUUCUCUCCUCUCGUCUCCCUAGUCCAACCCGCGCCUCGUUCUCUCCGCCGCCGUCCCCCUCCAUUCCUCCGCCACCGCCACCCGCAUUCCACCAAAACCCACCCUCCUCCCGUCCCCUUAUAAAUAAAUACGCAUACAUAUACACGCCAGUACCACCAGCUGCCUCUCCGCCCCCCAGAUCUCGAACUACCUAGUCUGCAAUGGCGGCCGCAUCGUCGCUGCACGUCGCCGCUCCGGCCGCCACCCCGCGCGUGGGAUCUGCCGGCCGCAAAUCCUCCUCCCCAGCGGUGAGGAGCGUGCGCGUGGCCAGAUCGGGCGCCGAAGCGCGGCCACGCGGCAGGCUGGUGUCCUGUGGCGCCGUUGCAACCAAGGCUGAUGCGCCGGCGACCGCGGGGGCAUCCAAGUCUGACGGGCAUGAGGUCUUGCUGUUCGAGGCUCUUCGUGAGGGUUUGAUGGAAGAGAUGCAAUCAGAUCCGACAGUGUGUGUCUUUGGUGAAGAUGUUGGUCACUAUGGAGGUUCUUACAAGGUGACCAAGGGUUUGGCUGAUAUGUUUGGAGACCUUCGAGUCCUUGAUACACCUAUUGCUGAGAACUCGUUCACCGGCAUGGGAGUUGGAGCAGGAAUGAAGGGGCUGAGGCCUGUUAUUGAAGGCAUGAACAUGGGCUUCCUUCUCCUUGCUUACAACCAAAUUUCAAACAACUGCGGCAUGCUUCAUUACACCUCGGGUGGCCAGUUCAAGAUACCAGUUGUGAUCCGCGGUCCUGGUGGUGUUGGUCGUCAGCUCGGUGCAGAGCAUUCACAGCGUCUAGAGUCAUACUUCCAGUCAAUCCCUGGCCUCCAAAUGGUUGCUUGCUCUACUCCUUACAAUGCUAAGGGUUUAAUGAAAGCUGCCAUAAGGAGUGAGAACCCUGUUGUGCUAUUUGAGCAUGUCCUUCUGUACAACCUGAAGGAGAAAAUUCCUGAUGAGGAGUAUGUGCUAUGCCUGGAGGAGGCUGAGAUGGUACGGCCUGGGGAACAUGUGACCAUCCUCACAUAUUCACGUAUGAGGUACCAUGUGAUGCAGGCUGCAAAGACCCUAGUAAACAAAGGGUAUGAUCCUGAGGUGAUUGACAUCAGGUCGUUGAAACCAUUUGAUCUUCACACAAUAGGCAACUCCAUUAAGAAGACCCACCGUGUGCUGAUUGUGGAGGAGUGCAUGCGUACGGGUGGGAUUGGCGCCAGUCUGAGAUCAGCCAUCAUUGACAACUUCUGGGACUACCUAGAUGCCCCUAUCAUGUGCUUGUCAUCACAGGAUGUUCCAACCCCGUAUGCCGCGACUUUGGAGGAUGCAACCGUUGUGCAGCCUGCACAGAUUGUUGCUGCUGUUGAGCAAAUAUGCCAAUAGCCAUCUGUUUCAGUACUGUCAAGCUAUAUGUAUCCUGCCUUUCAUUCGUUAUUUUUGCAUGUAGCGAGGUGUUCAUUGUGGGUAUAGGCUCUUAGCCGUUUUAUUUGUAUUUGAGUCGUGCAUUAGCUACUGCAUGGACAUGGUCCAAGUGUUCCGUUUCUGCAUUGUAUAACUCUUGAAUGAUAGGGUUUGAACAUGUGUUUGCAUGAUGUAUUUUCUUUUAAACGAGCUGGGCAUGUAUACCUGUUUUAGUACAAUAGUUGCUAUGGCCAGUAUGAUAUGAUUUUGUCA